CCAAGCGAACCAAGAAGGUUGGAAUUGUAGGAAAGUAUGGUACCAAAUAUGGUGCCUAUCUGAGAAAGACUGUCAAAAAGAUGGAAGUGACGCAACACAGAAGCCAUGAAAAGAAAAGCUGGAAAUGUAACAGGUGUUCUAAAACUGUUGCUGGUGCCCAGGUUAGAAGUUCUAUUCGUCCUCUAAGAGAAAUGAAAGAAAUUUAA